CAUGUGGAGAACCCGGUUUUCAGCAGCGAGAAUCUGCGCCAGAAUAAUUUCGAUGCAUUCUUCGAGGCCCGCGAGCCCGUCAUUAAGCUCCACCCACUCACACCGAACACGGCUCCUGCUGAGGGCGGUCGGGGCUAUUCGCCGCCAUUGGAGGGCCGCAGGGGGGUCUACGACUCGCCACGGACGAGGAGUCCCGUUGGAAAAUCCGGGGGGGCCGGUGGCGAUCUCUUUGCCCGCUCACCGCGAGAGGACCGCGAUCGAAUGGCCAACGCUCGUUCUCGCAGUGCGGAUCAGUACGAUGGGGCGGCAACGGGACUUGGGCCGGUACUGGGACCUGGACCGGGUACAGGUGCGGGUGCGGGUGCUGUGGAAAGUGGAUCCAACUCUGCGGGCGGUGGUGGCGGUGGUUCAGCCGGAGCGCACUCCAAAGGUGACAGGUUCUUCGGUAAAAUCUUCAAGUGGUCGAAGAAAUCGUAAGUUCUUCGGGUGGAGGGGGCCACGCGGUGGUUCCCUUAGCCCCCGGGCCGGCGGCAGUAUGGCGUCUUACAGCGGCGUGCUCAAGGACUACAGUCACAGCAGCUUGAACGAGGCUUUCAAGUCCCAGAAUAGUGUCAACUUUAAGUUAAUUAAAACAGUAUCCGAUUUCACCGAAACACUUUCUCAACUGUAUGAGGAACACGCAACUGCCCUACAAACUCUAGUGUCCAAUUAUCGCAAAAAGAAUGCUGAGCUACGCAAAGAAAGACCAGCCUGCCACUUGGCCAUAUUUCAGGCAUGGGAAACAUUCCUGCAAGAGGCCGAGACGGACUCGCAGGCCUGCAACGAUGUGGCCAGUGUCCUCUCCCGACAGGUGUCGCGACCAAUGCUGGAUAAAUCCUUUCAUCGUAAAGUUCAAAGCCGCAAAAUAUUUACACACAGGGAGUCUUUUGAGACUAUUAUCGCAAAGACUGAAGAGAAGCUGUCAAAGUGCCGGAUGGACUACAAGCAGUGCCACAUGGCCCAUCGACAGAGCCCCAGCCAGCACUCGCUCACCGAAUACAUUGAUGCGCACAAUGCAUACGUGCAGCAGCUGCAUGCCACCAAUGGCAUGCUGGAGGCCUACCACGGCGACACUCUGCCACACCUAAUGCAGGAGCUGGAGGAGAUACACAAUGACCUGUCCGGCAUUGUUUCCGAUUCGCUGUUGCAGGGAGCCGACGUAAUUGCCAGCAAGGCCAGCGACCAGGCCAAGCGGUACAUCAGUCUGACCAACCAGUGCAGUGCGGUCUCGCCGCCGCAGGAUCUGGCCAACUUUGUGCGCCUCCUGGCCCAGCCAUCGCAGGCCCAGAAGGUUCCGCGGCGGCCCUUUGCUCCACCCCAAGGCGAGCCAGGCGAGGAGACGGGCGAAUAUAAUGAGAUGACGCCCAACUUACGGAACGAGCUCGUCUUCGACCGCCACUCCACGCUGUCGCAGCGCUCGGCCCUGGAGUCACUGAAGCGUGAGGCCUUAGAAUUGGAAUUGCAGAUACGUCAGCUGCAGGACGCCAUUGAUGCACUGAAUCGGACACAGACUCGAGGCAUAGAGGGCCAGCUUUACAACAAGGUCAACGAGCUGCAGGAGGAUUUAUCCAUGAAGAAGUUUGACUUGCGCGCCAAGCAAAUCCAUUUGGCGGCCAUACGGGCUCAGAAGGAGCUGUUCGUGAGCAAAGUUGAGCCGACGUCGCCGCGCAACGAACGCAAAUUCUCCGCUGCCACAGCGCCAUCGAUGAAAACAAAGUGGCUGAAAGCAUUUAAGAGCCUAAAGCCUGCUGGUUCUGGUUCAGCACAACAAGCAGACAGCCAACCACCACCCCGACAAAAUCAAAUGUACCACGCUGUAUCAACCGUUUUGACUUUGAGGCGUAAUGGUGCCUCCAGCACGGCCUCGGAGCCGCUUCGCCCCAACCUGGACGGGAGCCACCAUCUGCAGGAGUACACGUACAAGAAGAUAACGGCCUGCGACGCCUGCUCCCAGAUACUGAGAGGCCACACUCGGCAAGGUCUACGCUGCCGCAUCUGCAAGCUAAAUGCCCACGGAGACUGUGCCCCGAAUCUGCCGCGCUGCCAGCCUAAACAGAAACUCCUGCGGCGACAGAAGAGCACCUCGGAGCUGGAGAAUCGUGUUGAUGUUGAGGAGGAAACAGGCGCCGAAAAAUCCGUCCAGGCGAAGGUUUUGGAUGGCAGCUUCGUGGGAGGCUCGAUCCCCGGACCCGCAUUCGCAGAGCGGGAGAUGGUUCCGGGCCCACGGCCCGUCGAUAUACCCAUUGUCAGUGUCUCCGAGCUAGCUUUGCAGGAGCAGCAGCAGCAGCAGCAGCAGCAGCAACAACAACAACAACUACAACAGCAGCAACAGCAACAAUUGCAACAGCAGCAGCAAUUGCAACAGCAGCAGCAAUAUCAGCAGCAGCAACGAAGUCUGGCAUCGGUGGCGCAGGCGGCAGCUGUGCGGGCCGGACGGGGCGUGCGACCGCCGCCCGUGGCCAUGCCCAUUUUGGGCGUGCAACUGCAGCAACAGGAGCUGCAGCAGCAGCGUGGCGGCCUGCCAGUGCCCACCCAAGAUAUAUCUAGUAGUUCAGCACCGCACUCACCGCGCCGCCAAAAGUUGAACUUACGCAUGAAAUCCCUGAGCCUGGACUCCCCCGAGUCGUCGGAGCUGCACGGCCAAUUCCGUCGACGUCCGCAGCUGCCGGUAGCGGGCGCUUCGACAUCAGCGGCCCCGGGCUACUAUCACGGCGGAUCGGGUGGCCACCUGGAGCACAGCACUCCUCCAUCGAACAACAGCCGUCUGCACUCACCAUCGAGUCCUUCGCAUACGGGCCGCAAGCUGUUGUAUGCCACACGUGGCAUGCGUGGUGGCAGCGUCGAUUUGCCAGAUGAAUUGGAGAAGUCACAGUCAUCGGCCAGCACUUCGCCAUGCCUCUCACCAAAAUCGCAUCGUCUGCUGCCCACCAACUUGUACGUCAUCCUCUACAACUUCAAGGCUAGACAUCCCGAUGAGCUGGACCUCAAGGCGGGCUACAAGGUGACUGUCAUUGACACAUCCGAUCCAGACUGGUGGAAGGGGAAGGUGCUGGGACGCGUUGGCUUUUUUCCAUCCAAGUACUGUGUGCGUCUGAACGCCAGUGAGAAGCCGUUGCAGGUUACCCACAAUCUGCAAGUGUCCGAUGGGGAGCGCAGUGAAAAAAUUACGCUGCUGAGAGACCAGAUUGUCAUACAGAUAGGCGAUGAGGUCAAUGGUAUGUGCAUGGUGCGCUCAGCCGACAGCCGCCAGGGCUACUGUCCGGUCAAGUAUCUGCAGGAGGUGUGACAGCCAGAAGAGCCAGAAGAUGAGCCGCCUUCUGAUGAGCGGAGUAGGCCGCAGAAGUCAGCAAUGCAAACGUCGUCGUCGUCGUCGAGGACAACGGAGAAGACCAAGCGUAGAAUUAGAAUCGUAGUUAACGAUAAUAGCAGCUUAGCCGGAAGUAGUGUCGCACCUGCACCACCACACACCACCCACUCAAAUCACCAAAUUCCAAGGGAAGCUGAGGCCGAGACGAAGCGACUGAACAUCGACUAUGGCGACGAGAGCAGUGCCGAUUGGGAAAAGGACAAGGACGUACUCAUUCUCUCCGGACGACGGAACAAGAACGACAAGAAUUGGGAGAACUGGGAACGGAUUCGCGAGCAUAAGCUGGAGAAGAUGAAGAACAUAUGCUUCGAGAGCUACCGCCAGUCGAAGCGGGACAAGCUGCUACAGGCCAAGCCAAGACCAAAGCAGCUCGACACCACCUGGUACACGGACAACAUAUACUCCAAUCGCUCGGACGACAUGGAUGAGGACUAUGUCCCCGAGUGCAUCAAGUACGGCCCUUACCGCACUCUUCGCGACAUUAACGAGCUCGACGAGAAGUAUCCGGAGGAGGCAGGCGUCAAUCGCGAGCGGCGCGGAGAGGGCGAGGGCUCCCCAGGAUACGGCUUGCACCGAUCCAAGAGCUGCAAGGAGUUCCAGUACCCAAAAUCGCAGAGCUGGUGCUUCGAGGGCAACGUCUUUGAGGGUGGCGGCGGCGUGGCCAGUGGAAGUGCGAGUGUGAGUGUGAGUGGCGCUGCUGCUCCGGCCACCACCUCCAUACUGAAAAACCGAUCAGGAGUGCCCAAGUCCUACUCAUUCAGUGCCAGCACCAAGACAAUGCCCUUCGACAUCAUCGACUACGAGCUUCCCCCAGCCUCAAACACGCGGCGAGAGAAGCGCGAAGCCUACAGGCGCAACAUGAACAUGCUCUACAGCAACAGCCUGGACGAGCGAAGCCUGGCACACAGGUGUUGCGCUCGGGACCAGUGCACCAGCGCUAGGUGCCUGCUGGACGAGAUCUAUCCGGUAUCAGGGGUGGGGGUAGCACCCGCCCUGGUGACAGCCAGAUCACGGGGUCGCGCCCCAUCGCAGCAGUUGCUCGCUGGCAGCAACAGGAAUCUGAGUCUGAAUGCAGCGGAAUGGCUAUUCGAGGAGCGGGCAGAGGCCGAUCACCGGGCGGGGCGGGGUCCGCGGACGCCGGCCCCCACGGUGAUCUGUUGCUGCGCUGCAGACGACUGUUGCUGCCACCGGCAAGCACAGGCCCAUCAUGUGGUGGUUCGACCACGGUCGCGUGUCCACUGCCCCGGCCACCAUCCGGCGGCCGAGGAGGAGGAGCACAUGCACUGCCGGUACGACACCGAUCUGGAACACUUCAUACGAGCGGAGCGCGAGCGCCUGCUGCUGCAGGACAAGUUCCUGGACGAGGACGAGCGCUAUAUGGCCGCAGCACCUGCUCCGCGCAGCCCAGUGCGUCGGUACCCCAACUACCAGCGACCCACACGCAGCAAAUCGUUGCUGGAAAUGGAGCCAUCCAACCUGUUUCAUGACGACGACACUUGCUCGGACACAACCGAAAUCGAUCUGGAGGACUUCAACAUCGAUCUGGAGAAGUACUGGGAGCAGCUUGACAAGCCGCCCAGUCCCAUCAACAUGGACAUGCGGCGCAACAUGCAGAGCAGCCUCAAGGUGAAGAACGUCAAUGUGAGGUGCUACAACAACGGACAGCCCAUCGACCUUCAUGACCGGGAGCACGAGCGCCUGAUGAUCAAGAAGUCGCUGCUCGAGGGCAUGCCCUCGCCACCGCAGCUGGACUCCAGUGAGUCGUCCAACAAUGCUGGAUAUCCUUUUUUUGAGAACGGAGCCGACAGCCCCUCCUUCCAUCACAUCUCUGGAGCGGGUCCUGCGCCCACCUAUGGGCAUGCGGCAGGCUAUGGGCACAAGAUUUAUCCGACUGCGGACAUCCUGCCCUCGUACCAGUACAAUAACUUUUACCCCGAGCACAGUCACCCGACUGUGGGCAACGUGCUCACCCAGCAGCCCACAGCCGGCAUCCACCAUGCCUCCGCCGGCGGCCACUCUGCCCUAAGUCUGAUCAACAACAUCUUCUCCAUCUACAAGCCGAACAAGUACUCGCCGGAGAACUGCCAGAUGAACUAUGAGAGCAAGCCGGAGCCGUGCAAGAAGAUGAACGUGCCCAGCACCCGACGACCCCUUGGAGCGGCGGCACAUCACCAUCCACACCCUCACGAGUACAUGCACUCGUCGAUGAAGCGGCCCCUGCUGGUGAGUGCCGACCAGCCCCACUUCAAGAUUAUCCCCGAGAAGACUGGCCUCAAGAUAUCCCCUCUGCUUAGCUACGACGAGUAUGGCGGAGGUGGAUGUGGGGGCGCAAGCAUCGACAAGUCGCAUCAUAGACUGAGCAGCACGGCACGGCCUCUGAUGCUUCCGCACUGAUGGUGCUGGACCUUUCCGUGGUAUGGUAAUGGCAACUAUUGUUAGAUAUGCUCCCAGCGACUGCCAGAACAACUCUGCAGAAAUCCAAAAGACUCUAGAGCAGUGGAACGCAAUCCAAACGCACAUGUCCUGAGCCCUGCCUGCCCCCAACAUUUCCACUCCAUCCACAUUCCAGCUGGCUGGGGCGCGGUCUCAGGGCACUCAACCAACACCACCACUCGUCGUCGUUGUCGUCGUUGGUCCUCGUCCUCGUCGCCUUCGUUCAUCCGCCCGCACAGUUUGCUUUUGGUUCAGCAAUGGGAGCAGGGACAUUGUUCCAUUGAUUGAUUCAUCGCUGUCGCAGCAACUGGCACUCCAGCAAUCCAGGAAAAUCCAGGAGCAACAACUUCAGCCAUACCAUUGGAAAAGAGCACAACAACAAACUACAAGAAAUACUAUAACAUGACCAAGAACUUAGUCAAAAGAAUGUCGAAUCAUGAAGAUGUAAAGAUCGAAAG